AUGAAACCCGAUGAAACCACUCAUCAACUUCGGAUCUGUCUUCAGAAAAUUUUCCAAGACAACAAAACUACCAGGUCUGUUUAUCUUGAAGAACAGUUCAAUAACACUCACCUCCCUGUGUUCUCCAACCUGUCGGAUUACUAUGCUCGUCUAAAAAAUCUUUCAGAUCAGCUCGCCAAUGUCAAAAAACCUAUUUCGAAAGAAAAUAUGGUGCCCCAGCUAGUUUUCGGCCUUACAAAAGGAGAUUUCGACACCGUUGCAACUGUCAUUCAGCAAUCGGACCCGCUGCCCAACUUUAAUAAAGCUCGCUCUCAACUUUUGCUUGAAGAAACAAGAAGGAACAACCAAGACUCCCAUCUACAGCAGGCCAUGAUAACUCAGCAACCAGAUCAGCCCAUCUCCGACACACCGCCGACAACACAACAUGGCACCGGAUAA